AUGACUGAGGUGGCUCCGGAAAACAAGCCAAUCAACCCAAAGAUCGGCAUAAUCUACCCUCCUCCAGAAGUCCGUAACAUUGUUGAUAAAACUGCCAGUUUCGUCGCUCGUAAUGGACCUGAUUUUGAAUCGCGUAUUCGACAAAAUGAAAUCAACAACCCAAAGUUUAACUUCUUAAAUCCUACUGACCCAUACCACGCUUAUUACCAGCAAAAGGUGAAAGAUUUCACCGAAGGUAAGGCUGUUGAGUCUCUUGGGAUGCGAGUAACCGUCCCGUCUGCUGCUCGUCUGGGACAAGACGCUCCGAAAAUCAUCCAGGAAACAUUUAUUCCCAAGGAUCCACCCCCCGAAUUCGAAUUUGUCUACGAUCCGGCGUCUAUUAAUGGUCUUGAUAUUGACAUCGUUAAACUUACUGCUCAGUUCGUUUCUCGUAACGGGAAACAGUUUCUUGCUCAACUGAUGAAUCGUGAGCAGCGAAACUAUCAGUUUGAUUUUCUUCGUACUCAGCACAACAUGUUUGGAUACUUCACGAAGUUGGUGGAGCAGUACACUAAAGUGUUGAUUCCUCCUCGAGACUUAAUCAGUGGCCUAGAAGAGGAGCUCAAGAACCCUAAAUCGAUUUUGGAUCGCGUAAAGUACCGUGUGGAAUGGCACAAGUAUCAGGAGCGCCAGAGACGCAAGGAAGAAGAGGCUGCGGAACGAGAACGUCUUGCUUACGCUCAAAUUGACUGGCAUGACUUCGUUGUCGUGGAGACGGUAGAUUUUCAACCGAAUGAAUCAGGCACUUUCCCAAUGCCCACAACUCCAGAAGAAGUCGGGGCUCGUGCUAUUGCUGACGAGCGUGGAGAUAUUUUACCUCAGCAGAACGAACCACCUAAUAAUGCACCUCCGCCACCGGGCUCUUUCGAUCCUCUUCCAGAUGAACUGAAUAACAUGGAAGAUGAAGAGGAGGAUUUAGAUGAGGACCACCAAGAGGAGACAUCAGUUAUCCCCUCUGCUGUGCCAGUUCCCGAGGCUAGAGUUGAGCAGCACGAGGAUGCAGUGGAUGAUGUUGGUGGUGAAGAUAUGGAACUGUCAGAUGAGGAGGAGACCUCUGCUCCACCACCACAAGGUCAGCCUAAACCUCCUCGUCCUCUGCCACCCUCAGCUGAUCAGGUCCUUAUUCGUCACGACUACGAUCCCAAAGCUGCUGCUGCUCACCGGGAGGCCACUGAUGCACAGAAAAAUCAGGUUCUUCUUGUAUCUCCCUUUACAGGCGAAAAGAUUCCAGCAAGUCAAGUGCCGAAACACAUUCGUGUAGGUCUUCUUGAUCCCAAGUGGUUAGAACAGCGAGAUCGAGAGAUAAGGGAGAAGCGUGAACAAGAGCAUGUGUAUGCUCCAGGUGCACUGAUUGAUAGCAACCUGAAGCAACUGGCUCAACGGAGAUCGGACAUUUUUGGUGUGGGCUCAGAGGAGACACAGAUAGGGAAGACGCCAGAAGAGGCGGCCGGUGGAAAGCAGACAAAGUCGGACAAAUUGAUUUGGGAUGGUCAUGCAGCCUCUGCGGAGGUGGUAACCAAGCGAGCAAAGGACUACAUUACGCCUGAGGAUGUGAGAGCUCACUACGAGGCUGAGCAGCAGAUGGAGAAGGAGCGAGCUAAAAUUGGAGCACAAAUGCCUUCGAUAACUCCGUCGGCCGCACCACCACCAUUCCUUAUGAGUGCAGCGCCGCCACCGCCGCCGCCACCAGUGGGAACCGGGUUAGUGGGAGGCCUAGUCAUGCCCCCCACCUUCCCACCUUUUAUGGCACCUACUGGGAUGAUGCCACCACCUCCUCCACUCUCUUCGAUCAUGCCACCCCCGCCACCACCACCACCUAUUUUGGUAAGCAACGGGAGUAACAGCGCGGAAGAGUCAGAGGCGAAGAAGCCGCGGCUGAGCGAGUGA